AUGGUGAAGCUGUUCUGUGCGAUCGUUGGUGCGGCGGGAAGCGCGUUCCCUGUGGACAUCGAUGGGGGCCAGUCGGUUGGAGACUUGAAGAAGGCGAUCAAGGCGGAGAAGACGAACGACUUCAAGGACAUCGACGCAGACAAGCUGAAGCUCUACGUGGCGAAGACGGAGGGCGGCGCGUGGCUGAGGUCGAAGGAUCUGCUCCGGAUGCGGAAG